AUGUCAGGAAGUACUUUUGAUUAAAAAAUAAAGGAAAUGUGUGAAUCUAUGAUGAAAGAUUAUUCUUAAGUGUCUUAAAGCAAUGAUGAAAAAGAGGUAUAUAUCUAUUAACUAAUAUAUAAGUCUAAAAAGCAUGAAAAAAUAAUUGAAACUUCAACAUUCUUAGUCAAAGCCAUAGCAUUCAUUCCAAACAAAAAUAAUAAAAUUGCUAUUGCAGGUGAAAGCUAGAUUACAGGUGAAAACUAGGUUCAAAUUCACGAAGUCAUGUUUAAUUAAGGUUCUUCAAAUAAUAAAAAUAAUAUUCAAGAAGAAGCAUAUAAAGAAUAGAUUAAAGGAUCUAGUGAAAAAUUUUACGAAUAUAUUUUAUACACUAGAAGAAAUAAUUAAGGGAUUGUAAAUUAUAUUUAAUAGGUUUAAAAUGAUAAUUUAAAUAUUUAAGAGAUUUAAAAUUAUAUUAGUUAGGUAAAAAGAAAUACUUAAAAUAUUCAAACAUAAAUUUAAGAGAUUUAAAAUUAUAUUUAAUAGGAUUAAAGAAAUAUUUAAGAAAAUAAUUAAGAGAAUAAAAUAGAUAAGAUUAAAAAUACGAUACUCAGUUCUAUUUAAGAAAUUGAAAAAAUUAUAUCAUAAGUAAAUCAAGGAAACUUUUAUCAAAAGACUAUUGAAAUUUUUUCAAAAAUAGUAGAGAUUGAAGAAAAUAAUAGAAAAAUGCAAAUAAGUAUUUAUGAGAUUGAAAAUAAUUGUUAAAGUAAAAAAUUCAAAAUAUAUAAGUUAUUCCAUUUACAUCAUAUGAAAAUAAUGACACUAAAUAAAAAUUAAAUUAACUUUUAUUUAACAAUGACACAAUUACAGCUAUUCAUUUUCCAAAAAAUCAGAAUAAUUCACUUGAAUUCGUUAUAGGCACUAAAAAUGGACAUUUUUUUUCUACUUAUAUAAAUCUUGAUAAUAAUCAAUAAAAUCAUGGUGUUCAAAUUCAUUCAUAUAAUCAAAAUGAAUAUAAAAUUAAAAAAUAAGAUGGACUUCAUUAAGGUCAAAUAAGCUGCAUAUUAUCAAUAGGGGUGGUUAAUAAUAGUUCAUUAUAUGAGAAUAAUGAUAAAUUAGUUAUAUUAACAAGUGGUUAUGAUAGUCAAAUCUUGUAAUUUAAAAUGGACAGUUUACCUAAGGGUGAAGGUGAAUCAAAUAAUGAAUCAUUGUUAAUCGAAAAAUUAUAUGAAGUAGAUAAUUCUUUUAAAAAACAUGGUCAUAAAGAAGCAAUUUUUUGGUUAUCUUUGAGUGAAGAAGAAAAAACAUAAUAAACAUAGAAUUUAAUUUCCUCUGGUUAUGAGGGUUAUUUUUUUAUUUGGUAAAGAAAAACUCAUAAUUUCAAGUGGAAUUUAAUAUACAAAUAUAAAAGAAGUAGUGUAGGAGCAAGAGUAGCCUAUUUUGGAUAAGAUUAAAUAGUAUGGCAAGUUUUUUAGUAAAAUUAUGUUAAUAUUUUAACAAAUCUUUCAUAAUAGCAUUUUAUGAAAAGUUAAGAUGUAGCAUAGCAUUUAAAGCUUGAGAAUUUAUAAAAAGUACAAUUUUAUUAGCAAUAAAUUGAAAAUAAUAUUGAAAAAUACGAUAAUGACAAAUUUCCAUUAUUAUACAAUGAUGAGAAAAAAAUAAUGGUAAUUAAACAUGCAAGUAAAAUUUGCUUUUUGAAUUGUUAUUAAUAGAGAAGCGUUGAAGGACAAUAAAGAUAGACUUAGUAAAAACGUAAUGAUGAAAUCUAUUUUUAAUUUUUGAAUGGAUUAGAACUUGAUUGUAAUGUAAAUUGUACAGAAGGGGCAAUUUCUUCAAAUGGUACUAUGUUAGCAGUUUCAGAUAAUUUUAAUAAAAUUAUCAAAAUUUAUAGAUUAGAUCAUUUUUUAUGA